ACCGCGGAGACGGUCGUGCGAGGGAUGUACGACGCGAUCAACCGCAGAGACGUCGCCGCGGCGCUCGAGUUCGUGGACGACGACAUCUUGUACGAAGACUUCAACUUCCCGACGCCGUUCAAGGGGAAAGCCGCGGUGAAGAAGCUCUUCGAAGAGAGCUGCGACGGGAUCCCGGACGACAUGCUGUUCAUAAUCGACGAGUGCACGGACGGCGGAGGGAAGUCCGUCGGGAUGACGUGGUACGUCGAGCUCGAGGGCGAGCCGUUCCCGAACGCGCGCGGCGCCAGCCUGUACCGAAUCUCGGAGACGACAGGCAAGCUCGCGUACGCGCGAGACGUCGUGGAGUCGCCGCUGAAGCUCGGGGACGUGUCGUUCUCGAUCAUCCGGCUCGUCGCGCCGCUCAGCGCCGCCGCCGACGCAGCCGCCGCCGCCGCAACGACGACGGAGGCGAACAUCCCCGUCGCGGCGACCCUCGCGGCGAUGGGCGCGGCGUACUGGUUCGUCCUCCUCCUAUCGCCUCCCGGGUGGCAAGGCCUCCCGGGCGAGCCCGCGUGGGCGGUCGCGCCGGAGACGUUAAACGAGGUCAUCGCCGAGUCCACGGAUUUCUUCUUCGUCUUGCCGCUGCUGAACAAGUUCGGCGUCGACCUCCUCGGCGCCGCGCCGCAGGUGCACCCGGUGACCCUCGGGGUGUUUAAUUUCGCGGAGGCGUUUAUUUUCAUGCUUCUCCCCCCGCUUCUGAUGGAUCGAAAAGGCCGCGACAUCGACACGACGAAAGUGUGGGGCGGCGCGAUGUUCCUCACGAACGCGUUGAUGCUUCCGUUCAUGGCGCAGCGGUUCGCCACGCCGGCGCCCGCGGCGUGGGAGCGGACGAAAUUGACGACGACAGACGGGCCGGUGGAAGUCACGAAAGCGGAGAAAGGGUUGUUGUCUAAAGCGUUCGGCGCGAGCGGGCUGCUCGUCGGGGUCUUGUCCGUGUGGUGGGCGCUGUGCGCGGACCCGGAGGUGGGCGGCGACCUCGCGCAGAGAGCGGCGUUUCUCGGCGAGCUCAUGACGUCGGACCGGGUGUCGUUGGCGUUCGUCGUGGACAUCGCGUUCUUCUCGGUGUGGCAGGCGUUUCUCAUCGGGGAGUUGGAUAAGGACGCGCCCGCGGCGUGUAAGUUUGUGCCGUUCUGGGGUCUCGCCGCGUGGUUGCUGUUGUGA